UGUAGCCGAGGGUUCUGUCAUCCUCACGAGGUCUGUUCGACCCGUGUGUCGGGCCAAACAGACGCCCAACCUUCACCCUUUUUCUUAAUUUUCACCUGCUUGCUGACCCCCCACCCAAAACCAACCAUACGAUUUCCCCCGAGCUCCCCUAACUCCCCCGCCCCCCCAGCGGCCCCCCGCCACCGUCGUCCACCCGCCGCCGCCCACCCCCCGCUUUCCGAGCUGGCGUGGCGACGCAAACUCACAAAUAUUUACUUCCUGUACAUCAAGAGGAAAGGGGGCCCCCCUUUCGUGGAAUGCGGCAACAUGGGCGUGUUUGACCGCGGAGUUCAGAUGCUGCUGACCACGGUGGGGGCCUUCGCCGCCUUCAGCCUCAUGACCAUCGCCGUGGGGACAGACUACUGGCUAUACUCGCGCGGCGUCUGCAAGAUCAAGAGCACCAACGAGAACGAGACCAGCAAGAAGAACGAGGAGGUGAUGACGCACUCGGGCCUCUGGAGGACCUGCUGCCUGGAAGGUUCCUUUAAAGGCAUGUGUAAGCAGAUAGAUCACUUCCCCGAGGAUGCUGACUAUGAGGCGGAUGCUUCGGAGUACUUCCUACGUGCUGUACGAGCCUCCAGCAUCUUCCCCAUCAUGAGUGUGAUCCUGCUCUUCAUGGGGGGGCUGUGCAUCGCCGCCAGCGAGUUUUACAAGUCACGCCACAACAUCAUCCUCAGCGCUGGCAUCCUCUUCGUCUCCGCAGGCCUGAGCAACAUCAUAGGAAUCAUUGUGUACAUAUCAGCCAACGCUGGGGACCCUUCCAAGAGUGACUCCAAGAAAAACAGCUACUCCUACGGCUGGUCCUUCUACUUCGGUGCCCUCUCUUUCAUCAUGGCGGAAAUGGUGGGCGUGCUGGCGGUGCACAUGUUCAUCGACCGCCACCGGGAGCUGCGCGUGGGGGCGCGAGCCGCUGACUACCUCCAAGGUGCGGCCAUCACACGCAUCCCCAGCUACCGCUACCGCUAUCGGCGCCGCUCACGCUCCUCGUCCCGCUCCACCGAUCCCUCGCACUCCCGCGAGGCAUCGCCGGUGGGCCUGAAGGCCUUUGGGGCGCUGCCGUCCACCGAGCUGUCCAUGUACACGCUGCCCAAGGGCCAAACGGGCACCCCGACGGCCACCUAUAACUCCACGGAGAGGGACCACAACUUCCUGCAGGUCCACAACUGCAUCCAGAAGGACCUGAAAGACUCAGGUGGCCACAGCAACACCGCUAACCGACGCACCACACCUGUAUGAAACUGAGAGAGGGCCCUCGGACACGGGGAAAAAAAUCAGGGGGAAGUUGGCGGGGGAGGGGGCAAAGCUGACAGAUCUCGGUGUAAGGAGAUCUGCUCCGCAGCACUUCAGAUGAUCACUUUGAAAAAAAGGAAACAGAGAAAAAGUUGCAUAAAAAAAGAAACAUGCAUGAUUUUCACAUCUACCAUUGUUUAACGAGUUUUGAACAUGUUUAUAAAGAUUUGAGGGGGAGGAUGGGGAAUGAGGAGUCGGGAAGGGGAGGGGCAGGGGGUUGUCUGCUCUGGGGCUGUGGAACCAUGGAGUGGUGGGCUUGGCCAGACUGCCUGUUAAAAGGUGAACUUUAUAUUUUUUACUCUUCCUCAGUCUGAUUAAAACGGGGGCGUGGUUUGCCCAUCGGCCACGCCCAUGAUCCCGCCCUCUCACUACCAUCCCACAAGCCCCCCAGCGCGCGCGCGCACACACACACACACACACACACACACACACACACACACACACACACACACACACACACACACACACACACACACACACACACACACACACACACACACACACACACACACACACACACACACACACACCCUAACCUCCCUUAGAUCCCACUCCUUUCUUUAGUUGCUGUAUCUUCUUGAUUUCAUUCUUUAUUCGCAUUAAUACUGUGAAUCAUUGCGGUGUGGAAUUUUAGCAGGGAGCAAUUUCAGGCCGCAGAAAAAAAUGAAAAAUGGGGGGAAAAAAAGAACCACAUAAGUUAAUAUAUGUAUUGAUUAUAUAUAAAUAUAUGAAUAUAUAUGUUAAUAAAUCAUGACUAGACCUCCCUGGUGCAAAAAUAUCAACAAGGGGAAAAAAAAGACAUAAAUAACAAGUGACAACUGAAUCAAGUCGCCAUGGAAACUAAACCAAGACGGAGGAUUCAUCGCGACUGGCUCCUUUGACGAGGCCGAGGCUUCCGCCUACAUGAUGAACUGAUAUUGGUUGGUAAUAGACAGAUUAUCACAUUCUUUUUCAACAACAACAAAAAAAAGUAUUUUCGGCUUUCCGCCGGAAACCCUGGCCAUCUUUCUUUAGGGUCAACUAGAGGUGAAAACUUGACCUCACGUUUUUAUUUUUUGGUUUUUGGUUUUGUUUUUGUUGCUCCAUAAAGGGGCGGAGUGAAGAGAGAACUCUGGGUAAUGGAGGAUCUCUCUGCAAACUUGAAGAAGACUGUGGACUAUGAAAUGUCACUACUGCCAAAGACACAAAGUAGUGCAUGAGAGAACAUGGCUACCAGCGAGGUGAAGCUAAGUGACUCCAAAAAAUUAAGAAUUUACAUGCAUGCUAAUCAAAAUCAUCCGAUCUGCUUUUAAGGAACCUAUGUUUUGAACAACUGAACAAUGAUACCAUGUAAGGGCAGUGGGAGUGACAAAGUAGAAAUUAAUGUUACAGUACUGUGUCUAUUUCAAUUUUUCUUUUUUCUUUUUUGAGAGGGUAAUUUGGGCUGGGGCUUUAUUACGCUUGAAACUAAAAGAACAAACUUUGGAAAACGUAAAGAAGACGAUCUUAUCUUGCCUUUUCGUUUAAUUUAAUUUUUUCGGUUCCUUUGAAAUCUCACACAGCCUUAGUCUCUUUAUUUGUCUUUUCUUGUUCUUUGGUUUUUGCGUUGUGUUGUUGUAAAUGAGAAUUUAAAAAAAAAAAGAAAAAAAAAAAGCGUAAUGUCUUUCAAGGUGCCAAAACUGAAUGAUUCUGAACUUGGAUACAUCAAUCCUGAUGACGAAUAAAAUCGAACCCCCCGUAGGGAACAGAA